AUGGGGUCGGCUUACAACCAUGAUGGCGAGCCGAGUCCUCUUUCGUCGCCGUUAGGAUCCCUCUCUGAGUCGCCCGAAUCCGAGUCCGGACUGCACAGCCUUUCUUUACAGACAGAUCGCCUCAGGAGCUCGGCGGGCAGUGUUUCUUCAGGAUAUGACCCUCUUUCCAGAUCUCCGUUGUUCGAGAACGACCAUGGAAUCGGUCCAUCCGGGCUGGAUCGUAUACGCCAAAACCAACCCUCGCGAGUACUGACCCUUCCAAACAUGUCUACCUCGUCGCUAUCGCUAGCUCCCAUGCCUAGCCAGCGGCCCUCUCCCUCUCCCCGCUCUCGCUCAUCUUCCCGAGCUCACACCAGUCACUUGUCGAGCCGAAGUUUUACAGAUUUAGAAGAUCUACACCGGUUUCCGCUCGAGUCGUUACACUCCUUUUCCUUUGCCCAGCAGUCCGAGGAAUUUCUUCACAGCCGUCAGAACAUUCUCAAGAGAUCUAUUGAUUUUAUGCGCGACCGGAUGGGAUGGGCCGCAAGCAAUGCCGCGAUCGCCAACGCACAAGCAAACGCCAGUGGGGACACGGAGAUGCAAGGCAUGAUGGAGCUUUUGGCCCGAGCCAAUAUGCUCGAACCCCAGGAAAACCACAUCCAAGGCCGUGGACCCAUCACAGGACCCGCAGAGAUUAAUAGCGACAACGUCUUUGAGAAGGCCUUCUCAGAUGGGGAUUCUUCCCCGGCCAGCACCCGAGACGGCGCCCAGGAUUCCACCACUUCGGGGUCACACCCCUCUGAAGGCUCCCAAUUGUUGAGCCCUGUGCCCAGCGAUCGUAUCUCCAACCAACGGAGGGACCUGGUCUCUGCACCUACAUCCAGGCGCGUAAGCUUAAAACCACAACCAUACACCUCCUCCGCGGAUACUUUCACCUCGCUUACCGCCUCGACUGCUGGAUUGGGAUUCCAGAUCCCCGCCCUUCACGCGCAUAGCAGCAAAUGGACCCCGGCUUCCCAGGCCGUGUUCAGGACCGAGGCCAAGGAACCAUGGACCAUUCUGGCCGCUAAUGAUCUGUCAUGUCUCAUCUUUGGUGUUCUUCAGUCCGAAGUUCGCCAUCUCAGCAUCCUGGAGGUUGUACAGAAGGAGCACCGGGAAUGGCUCAAGGCCAAACUUCGAGAUCCCAGCACUGAUGCCGCUGCCCGAAUGCCACUCCAACCCGAAAGAGCUAACAUCUCCGCUGUCAAUCCCAAAUUUCGAGGUCUUGGGAAUGGAGUGACAGCACAACUUCUCAGCAAACCAUCUUCACGAGAAAAGUCCCGGAGAGCGCAGACCGAUGACGGAUAUGGCUCCAGCACGAGAAACGCCCGAAACAACAACCACCCGGCCAAUAAAUCACGCGGAGUCUUGCUAUGCGGUGAUGUGGUCCCGAUCCAAAAGCGCAACGGGUCACGGGGCUCCGCUAGCGUCUGGGUUAUGGAAAAGCGUGGUGGCCUGAUCUGGGUUGUGGAAGAGAUCACAGAGAAUAUUGCGUCCAUCCAAUGCGACGAUUCGUGGAACGUCGGAUUGGCUAAAAUCGUGGAGCUUAAGCACUUUGCCGCCCGCACCGCUGCGGGCGUUUGUAUUCCUGUCGCUGUUGGAAAGGGAGAAGGAGAUCGCACUCUUCAAGUCUCCAGUUUUCCUCAUGUCGCAGGCAUGAUGGUCCUCUCGUCCUCGUCAUUGAACGUGAUUAGCUCCAACUCCGUGUUCUCUUCAGUCCUAUUCGGCCAAGAAAGACCAGAGGGGCUCCACAUCACUGAGCUUGUACCUGAUUUCGAUGAAAUUCUGGAUGUUUUGACCGAGGAGGACAAUGUGCCACUGGUUGAUGGUAUUGUCGUACCCGAGCACAGCUUCCGACGGGCCCGGACACUUUCUAUUCUCCGCGAUGGAAAAGCAAAUGCCGCCUCUGUGUUUACCGAGCCAAGUGGCUUGCUUGCCAAGCAUCGGGAUGGCUCAACCAUUGUCGUGGACAUUCAAUUGCGCGUGGUUAAGAGCGGUACCUUCUUCUCAAAGGAUAAGACAGAGAAAAGCAGCGAUCGCAGCAGCGACUCUGAUGACAGCGAUGACACUAUUGCAGUCACAGAGUUGGUCUACGCUUUGUGGAUAACCUACUCGAGACAGCUCCACGCUGCUGGACCCGCCGCUGGCAUCUCGCCAUCAUCUGUACCAAGUUCUAAGCCUACCUCGCCCACACAUGACCCUGAUUCGGAUCGCCCGUCAGACGCCAGCGAUGAUGCCCGGACUGCGGAAAAUCGCAAGGCUUCUGUAGAGAUCAAAACGCCGACAUCAACACUCAGUCAACAACUCAGUGAGGCUGCGUCUGAGCCUCUUACCACCCGUCCCGCGCAGCCCGUCCCUCCGGUUUCGGCUGCUAAUGUGAAGAACGACCCUCCGGCGAAACGAACAAUCAACGACUAUGUGAUCCUCGAGGAGAUGGGACAAGGAGCCUACGGCCAAGUCAAGCUGGCGCGUUUAAAGAAACAGCCUCUUAAGAAGGUGGUGCUGAAAUUCGUUACGAAGAAGCGGAUCCUGGUGGAUACAUGGACUCGUGAUCGGCGACUCGGUACUGUGCCACUGGAGAUCCAUGUUCUGAACUUCUUGCGGCGGGAUGGGCUCAAGCACCCAAACAUUGUGGAGAUGGAAGGCUUCUUCGAAGACGAUAUCAAUUAUUACAUUGAGAUGACUCCUCACGGGCUCCCGGGGAUGGACCUGUUCGAUUAUAUCGAGCUCAAGGCCAACAUGGAUGAGUCGGAGUGCCGAAACAUCUUCAAACAGGUUGCGAGCGCCAUUAAUCAUUUACACACCAAAGCACUGGUUGUACAUCGAGACAUCAAGGAUGAGAAUGUUGUUCUUGAUGGAGAAGGACGGAUCAAGUUGAUUGACUUUGGGAGUGCGGCCUACAUCAAAAACGGACCGUUUGAUGUCUUUGUGGGCACGAUUGAUUAUGCUGCCCCCGAGGUCUUACAGGGCAGGUCGUAUCGGGGCAAGGAACAAGACAUCUGGGCUCUCGGCAUUCUCCUUUAUACCAUUGUCUACAAAGAGAACCCGUUCUACAACGUCGAUGAGAUCCUUGACCACCCCCUCCGCAUCCCCUUCCUUCCUUUCUCGGAAGAUUGCAUUGACCUCAUCCGCACGAUGCUCGAUCGCGACGUUGACAACCGACUCACCAUCACUGAAGUGCUUGAACACCCUUGGAUGGUGGGGGCUUGA